AUGGCAGCAGCUCCCAAUGAAAGGGCAGACCCUAUUCCCAAGGGUACCUUCGCUACUGCUCGUCAGGCCAUUGGAGAUCUCUUCAUCUGGAAACAGCGUGUCGAGGUUACUAAUGAGGCCGGGGAGUCUUACGCCGAAUGGCAGGCUCCAGAACCUAUUAAGAACCCCAUCAGCUUGUUCGCGCAACUCUCGCUGCGAGACUGGGUGUUCUUCUUGGUUGGUCUCAUCGCAUGGACCGCCGAUGCAUUCGAUUUCCAUGCCCUCUCUAUCCAGACAGUGAAGCUGGCAAAGUACUAUGACAGGAGCAAGACGGACAUCUCAACUGCCAUUACUCUCACCUUGCUGCUGAGAAGUGUGGGAGCCGCAGCCUUUGGUCUCGCUGGUGACAAGUAUGGCCGUAAAUGGCCCAUGGUGAUCAACAUGCUCGUUCUGGGGGUCUUGCAAAUCGCCACCAUUUACAGUAAGACCUUCCAACAGUUCUUGGCUGUGCGGAGUCUGUUUGGCCUUUUCAUGGGUGGCGUUUAUGGGAACGCCAUGGCGAUGGCAUUGGAGCACUGCCCGAUCAACGCGAGAGGACUCAUGUCUGGAAUCCUUCAGCAGGGUUACUCACUUGGGUUUGUAUUUGCGGCAUGUGCCAACCUCGGCGUUGGUGAUUCAACCGAGAGCUGGAAGACCGUGUUUUGGAUUGCAGCCGGUAUCUCCAUUGGUGUCGGUUUCAUUCGCAUUUGCUUCCCCGAGUCACGAACCUUCAUCGAAGCCAAGAAAGCAGGCAAGCGAACAAUGAAGGCAGGCGAGUUCUGGCGUGAAACAAGAACCAUGUUGGCCAAGGAGUGGCGCCUGUGCGUCUACUGUGUCGUUCUCAUGACUUGGUUCAACUACUACUCCCACACAUCGCAAGACUCGUACACCACAUUCAUGCUCACGACAAAGGAGCUUGAUAACUCCAGCGCCUCGCGUGCUUCCAUUCUGAUGAAGACCGGAGCCUGCGUCGGUGGAACCAUCAUCGGUUACCUGUCGCAGUUCUUCGGUCGUCGUCGCGCAAUCAUCGUCUCUGCCUUCAUCUCGGGAGUCCUCAUCCCCGCAUGGAUUCUCCCCGAGGGCGAGAGAUCCCUGAGCGUGACUGGAUUCUUCAUGCAAUUCUUCGUCCAGGGAGCUUGGGGUAUCAUUCCUGUCCACCUGAACGAGCUGUCUCCCCCUGCGUUCCGUUCUUCGUUCGCAGGUCUGACAUACCAGAUCGGUAACAUGAUCUCCUCGCCGUCCUCGCAGAUCGUGAAUGCCAUCUCCGAGUCCACUUCCAUCACCAGCAAGUCUGGUCACCGUGUUGAUGCGUAUGGGCCUGUGAUGGGUGUUGCCACUGCCAUUAUCGCUGUCGGUAUCAUGAUCACUACCGCUGUUGGCCCUGAGAAGCGUGGUCGCCGCUUUGAAAGUGUUAUUGCUGGAGUUGAUGGGGCUGCCAAUGCCAAAGCAAUGGACUUGGAAACUGGUGAUGUGGAUGAUACCAAGGCGAGAGAUCAGACCAUUGAAUUGGCGGAUCAGAAGAAGGCGUAUGCCUAG